AUCUAGAUCUACUGCUUAAAAUAAUACUUUACUUUAAUAGUUGACUUAAUCCUUUUCUUUAUGCUCAAGCCACUCAAGAUACACAUAUCAUGAUAUAGAGUAGACUAUGACCACAAUCACACCUCAUCUUAAGAUUUAAUUCUUGACUGCUAAUUCAUUAGGCCAUGAGCAUUUGGCUGUGACAUCAAGACAUAUGAAAUAUGAAUCAGAAAACGGAUGCUGGCAACAAGUUUUUUUGGUAGUAUAAAAAUGAAGUUUAUAAUAGAAAAAACUUUAGCCACUGGUGGGCGUUUGGGUAUUAUUUCUCAAGCUAACAGACAAGGGAAUGUAACUCUUGAAACUCCAAUGUGUACUCUGUUUACCAAGGGAGGAAGUGCUCCACAUUUAAGUAUAGACAUGCUUCGCAGAGUAGCCCAUGUGCCGGAAGUAGCUGUGAUGAGUCUUGGUGCUUUGGCUGAUCAUCAUGAAACUGUAGCAGAAUUUGGUAAAGGUCUUCGAGAAUUUACUGCUAUGUCUAAUCCAGUAAUAUUUACAACUCUUCAUGAUGCGAGUGCAGCUAUCUCCCCUGGCAAGAAUGAUAACUCUGGUGUUGCAGUGUGGGGCAAAGGUGGGAAAAUUAAACUUGACACAUCGUUGUUCAUGAAAAUACAAGAGUCAUUUUGCCCCGACUGGUUUCAAGCCAUGAGUGAUGGGGACACAGAUGUCAGCUGUGGAAACAAACGUCUGGUCAAGUCUGUGGACCGCACCUUAGACUUUCUGGAUGAAAUUGUGGAGGCUAAAAAUAAAAGUGAGGUUUUGAGUAAAUCAAGCCUGAUUGGUGUCAUAGAAGGAGGUUUUAGUGAAACUCAGAGGAAAAGAUCUGCUGCAGAGACUGUUGCAAGGCCAGUAGAUGGUUUUCUAAUCGAAGGAUUCGAAAAAGGUAAUCGAGAUGUUGACCUGUUUAGCUUGCCAGAUUUUACCAAAAUUUUAUCUUUCACACUGGAACACCUUCCAACAGAUAAGCCCCGUAUCAUGGAAACUGUUUGGUCACCACUUCAAGUGAUUAAGGCUUUCAAGCUGGGCGUGGAUGUUUUCUCCAGUGCUUACCCUCACAUAUUGACAGAGAAAGGUUUAGCUCUAGUGUCUGACUACAGUCUACCUCCACUGUCACAGCCAGCCAAGCUUGAGUUGCAGACUGCUAAUGCCAAGAAUGAGGAAACAAAUGGACUUUACAUUGAUCUACACAAUUCAAGAUACUCAGAAGAUUUUGGCAGCAUUUUACCAGGGUGUAGUUGCUAUGCAUGUACUAAUUUCACUAGAGCGUAUAUACACCACUUGUUAAAAACCAAAGAACUUUUGGCAUUUGUUUUGCUCACCAUACAUAAUUUUCACCAAUACUUUGAGUUUUUUCAACACCUGAGGCUGUCGUUGAAAUCUGACAGACUGAAUGAACUAGAAGACUAUUUAUCUCAACAAUUGAACAGUGGGCUAGAUAGAUGAUAGAUAAUAGGGAAUAUAGACACUGGCAAAUAUUAAUAAACUGCAACAUACUGCAA